CUUGACAGGAAAAUAAGAGAGAAACAGAAAAAUUCUUUGCUUUACAACAAAGACAGAAGGGUUAAUUCGGAGAGCUAUCCUCCACAAUCCACAUCUUCUUCUCCGCAAGAAAAACAAAAAAGCAAAGGGAAAAUCCAGAAUCAGAUAAUAGAUAACAGAUAUUAUUUCAUCAAUUUCGUGUUCGUAGAUCAUAGGCGUUGAAGGAAACACCAAUCUCCAUUUCCUCCUUGUGGAGUGAUCGAUCGUUUAAGGUUUUUGCUCCAAAACAGCCGCCGAAAUUCUGUGUCGAUGGCGGGUUUAGAGAAAAACGCAGGGAAGACGAAAUCGGCUACGCCGUCGACAUUUUUCAACAGGUCGCUUACAAUUCACGGGAGGACGGUGGAUUCGAGCCCAAAACCACACAGCCUAAACCCUUCUCUGAACCGUACGACCUCCAUCACCAAAUUCUACAACCCCGUGGAAACAGUGGGAAGCUCUCUUAAAGGAAAAGUCAAGAACCUUUGUAGAUUAUUCGAAGGUUCGAAAUCCGUGAAACCAACCUCGUCUGAUGUAACUUUAAAGCCGAAAUCAGGGAAGUCGCUUUUACCCGAGUCUCGGAUAUCUCCGUUUCUGAGCUUAAACAACUCGGUGAUUCGUCUUCCCGGGACAGAGGACAGGAUUGUGGUGUAUUUCACUAGCUUGAGAGGGAUACGGCGGACUUAUGAGGAUUGCUAUGCUGUGAGGAUGAUAUUUAGAGGGUUUCGGGUUUGGAUAGAUGAGCGUGAUGUGUCCAUGGACUCGGCUUACAGGAAAGAGUUGCAGAUUGCAAUGGGAGAGAAGAGUGUGACGUUGCCUCAGAUUUUCAUCAUGGGGAAGUAUGUGGGUGGUGCUGAUGUGAUCAAGAGUUUGUUCGAGAUUGGCGAGCUAGCCAAGAUUCUCAAAGAGUUUCCUGUGAGAGAGCCAGGGUUUGUGUGCCAUUGUUGUGGGGACGUUAGAUUCAUCCCGUGUUCGAAUUGUAGUGGGAGCAAGAAACUGUUUGAUGAGGAUGAAGAUAGGCUCAAGAGAUGCCCUGACUGCAAUGAGAAUGGGUUGAUUCGUUGUCCUGAUUGCUCAUCUUGAGAAUACUUAGCCUGAAGAAGAAAACAAAAAAAAAAUAGGUAUUUUUAUUUCUCUUUUGAUAUUUGCAUUGUUGUCUAGAACAAGUGAAUGAUGCUAUUCCGAAAAUCUCUUUUGGAUCAGCAGUAUUUCACUUUCAGCUUUAAGGUGGUUUGCGAUCAUCGGUAUUGGAAUGUUGAUGAUCGUUGAUUUAGCUUGUGUAUGUUUGCUACUAAGGACUAAUGUAAUUGUGUAGUCAAAAUGUCUGAAACGGGUAGUAAGCAUUUUGACUCUUGUGUGUCGAUUUUGUGAAAAACAACUGUUUCCUUGUGCUAUAUAUUUGAUUGUAAA